ACUCUGGAAGGAGUUAAUAAUCAACAUCAUCGUAAUAAUCCAUCUCUCAGAUCAUAUUAUUCUUAGGCUGCCAACUGAGACAAGAAGGGGGGAAGUGUAUGUCAACAAGAACAGGUCAAACUUUUUUCUCACCCGUCCACUGCCAAUUCUUCUUCUCUCUUUCCACUAUUCCAUCUCUCAUUUGCCCCAAGUACUACGUAGUCAUCGUCUUUCUCUCUUGCUCAGCCUCUCGCUCGCUCGCUUGCUCACUCGCUCUCUUUUCCUUGCCGUCCCCUUUCGCGUGGUAUUAUUACCUUACCUCCACGUUCGUUUGGCUCCCGAAAUACGGGUACGGUUCUGCGCCAAUUCUCUGUCUCUUCCGUUCCAUCUUCAUUUCUCUCUUAUCCUGCCUGCUGCUCCCCCAUCUUUUCCUCCCCUCUUCUUCUUCAUUCCCACCAUCUCUGCCUCUUUCGUCUCUCCCUAUCGACACCAACCUCCUCCUUUCAUUUUUCUUGUCCGGCGCUAUUUUCUGCAACUGAUACCCCUCGACCGUGCACUCUUCGUUUUUUCCUCACCCGUUUCAAUUCGAUUGUACACAUUUCCAUCUCCUUCAUCAUCGGCCGAUUUGACCUAGCCUCCACGCCAUCAUCCUACGCGGACACGUCGAUUGUGUCGCACCGUCUGCCUUUUUCAAGUGUCCGCCUGAACAUGCCUAUCGGUCGUUAAACUCUCUGCCGCCCGCUGGCUUCUCCAGCUUUACCCGGGAA